AUGAGGGUCCCCAACGUCCUCGCAGGCUGGGCUUGUGCAGCCCUCUGGCUGGCUUCCUGCUUGUCUGCUUUUUCACAAGGUGCCAGCUCGGUGGCCUGUGAGGACAUGCAGCCCAAGCACACUGCAGCCCAGCCUCAAAACCCCAGGACGCACCACACCUCCAUCCACACCAGCAGGUCUUCCUACUCACCUGGGGACACCAUGCAAGUGACUGUGAGCAACAGUCGUGAUGUCAUGGGAUUUCUACUUCAGGCUUGAAGAGUGUCUGACCACCACGUGGCUGGCAGUUUUGUUUUCAUUCCUCCUCAUUCCAAACCGAUGACUUGUUUUGAAGAGGCUGACACGGUCACCCACUCUGACAAGUCCCGGAAGAGAAACCUUUCCUUUGAGUGGCAGGCCACUGCCCAGCCCACGGGGGACAUCAGAUUCCUUUUAACCAUAGUCCAGUCAUAUUUCAUUUACUGGGAGAGGAUUGAAUCACCUGUCGUAUCUCAGCAGACACACAGCAGAGCCCAUUCUGACGGCCGCAUGGCCCCCAGUGCCUCGAUGCCAGCCUCUGCACGGGGGCUGGAGGGAGUUGAGAGAACCUCCCCAGCUCCCAGUACUCCCACCACUGUUUCACAGCAACAUACAGAUGUCUUUGCUGUUGCCAUAACUGGAGCUGGAGAGGAGGACAGCUUGGGUCCUGUUCAUGCCAGCUUUUGGGUGACAGAGUUUCCUGGGGGUGCCAAGAGUCUGUUCCCACCAUCUUCACACACAGCUACUGAAGUUAACAAUGGCCAGCCACCCAGUGGGGUCAGCAACCCACCCCUAGAGCCAUCCCUGGAUGUCCAUGGGCAGGAGAGGCUCAUAGCCCUUAGGAGAGUCUCCUCAGAAGGCUUUGCUUCCAACCCUAGAACCCACCACAGGACUCAGGCUGAUCCAAGCUUUGAUUCAUUGGAAACUUGUCUGCCCUUGGAUAAAAAUGAAGAGGACAAGAUGGAGUCCUCCAACAAGACUAUGAUGAGGCCUCCUCUGUACACUGUCCAUCUUACCUAUCCUUGGGGCCUCUGGGCCUCUGAAGCAUUCGCUGGGCAUGGGGCAGGGGCAACCAACCCAACUCCCACCUUCCACGCCUCUGCCACGUCCAGGCCCCCCAGUUCUGGUGACCAGUCAGAGGCAUCAAGCCCCUCUGCCAGUUUCCUGCCUCAGUCAAAACACAAGGAGCCCAGAGUUGAGGAGGGAAAUGGAGAGGGCAGAGAGGGACACCCCAGGAAGGCCAACCCAAGGCCUGAGGUUGGGCAGGAGGGAGCCAGUGCCCCUUCUGGGAUCCAGCUCAGGACCCCCCUGCUAGGAAUCCUGCUUUGCCUUUCAGCCACCUUGGGCAUGGCCCUGGCUGCUGGCCUUUGCUACCUGCACAGCCAGUAUUACCAUAAGCGGACAGAAGUGUCCUUUAGGGAGCCUGCCGGUGAUGCAGUUGCCAGGAGCGAUGACAGCGAGACCAUGCAUGUCAGGAAGACUGGGGAGAACAGUUUUGUUGUCACUGAAACAAAAUAUAACUGGAUCACUCCCUCUGUGGGUAGCAAGAAAACAGUCCUCUGAGAAGACCAUCAUACCAGGCCUCUGAAUGACUCUCCUUAGACCCUGCAGAGGGUCUCAGCCAGAAGGGAACUGAUGAGCAUAGCUGAUGAGGACAGGGACUCACUGCGCCCCGGUCAGUGAGCAGCUAGUGGAGGUGCAAAAGGGCGGUUCUAUCAUCAGGCGGAGUUCUUCCCUAGCUUUGUUGUCUUAACAUCUGUAAUUUAGCUGCUUUUUUUCUUUUUGCAAUUAGAUGUUCUGUUUGAAGAGUUAAACUCAGCACAAUGAAUAUUGUAUAACCUGCUCAUUAACUAGACUCCUGUGGCCACUAAGCUUCCUCCAUUGCCUUAAGGAACCCGCAGAAAUAGAAAUUCUGUCCCUUGUCAGUGUGUCAGCCACAUCCUUUUCAACUCUUUGAAAAAAAAGUAAUGUUGUGGUUGUGUCUCUUAUAAGAAAAAGAACUGCAGCCUUAUGUUGCCUCUCCAAACCACCCCAAGAGAAGUUUUGUUUAUGACACUAGAGGUCAAAAUGGGCCCUGAUUCAGCUGACUAGGUGAGUGCAAAGGUGUUCAGUCUUCCGGGAACCUCAGAAGCCUGCAGAUCCGCCUUGGAAACUCAUCUGAAGCAAUGGGAGUUUUAGAGGGCUUGACUGAACACAGCUGAGAGAAAAUGUAUACACACAGCCUGAACACCAGAGUCGAGGAAGCAAGCCUCCCCGUGGGAUCCAAGACUUCCCAUCCAUUCACACUUGCCGAGAGGCCGAUGUGUCACCAUAGCUGGCAAGCAUCCUGCCUCGGACCAAAGGUCAGGUUGAACAAAAUGAUGAGGCCACACAGUCUGAAGAACAGCCUCCACUUGUCUUUUCAGGGGGAAAAGGAAGAAAACAUCACGGAUGAAAAUCAUCUUCCUGUGUUUGUGACUUUAUGGGGAUCACUUUGAUUUAGCAAGUGUCCUAUAGAUGCCACAUAGGGUCCACACAGCCAGUGUGAGUCUAACACUUGGUUUGCUCACUGAACAUGACACACUGGAAUUAGCUGUCUUUUUAGAGGUGAACCUCGUAGAGUCACGAUCCAUUUUAAUGUGGAAACAAGAGCCCCUAUAAAUUUGGAAAGAGUACCUAUUGACUGAGCAACUAAAUCAUACAGGCACUGUGCUAAGAACUUUACACAUAUUUUCACAUUUAACUCUUGUAAUAACUUCAUGAGGAAUACAUCCAGUGACUUGCCAAAGAGUUCCCUACACAGUGUAGGGAAGAGACAGCCCCUGCUGUUUUUCCAGCUCCAUUUAGCUUCCUUACAGUCUAUGCCAAGACGCUCUCCCCCUGGAUUCCUGGUGAGGCGGAGCUGACCCUUGGCUUCAGGCCAGUGUCUC